AUUUGCAAAUUUAUUUGUUUAUCAAAUUGAUUAGAAAUUUUCAUUUUUAACAAAAGCUAAAACAGCUGUAGUGAAAUUACCUAAUAAACAGGAAUAACAAGUGGCUUGUAAUCAUUUUCCCUUCCAGGACUUUUACAUAAUUUUUAUUUCAUCUGGAAUGUCGGCCGAUAUGAAAGUGGUUUUCUUGUUACUUUAUUGCAGUUUAAAAUUAUUCUUAUCACGAGUAUAAUCGUUAAAAUUUAAAGACAAAAGUACAGCAAAUCGGUUGUGUAAUUGUGAUAUAAUUACCACUUAAGUAGGCUAUGCAGAAUAGAUUAUUAAUUAGAAGUCUACUGUUAUUUUUAAUAACAACCUGCUUUGCUCUGGCACUUCAGUCGUCAACUCCCAAUAAAAACAAUGUACCAAACCAACAAAUUGCACGCGAUAAACGACUCAUUUUUAAGAAGAAAAGCAGUCCUGGAUUUUUUCGAACCUUAUUUUCGGUAGUAUAUGAGCAAUGGGCAGAUACAAAAAAUACAGUAAGCAACGUCAGCAGGUUGAUUAAUGAUAAUUUCGCUCCGGAAAAUGCUCCGUUACAAGUUUCGACCACUACGGUGAGUAGUGAUCCGAAUGCUACGACAACGGAAGCGCCGUUUAAGAUAACCCGGAGUGAGUUUAACCGGAUUCUCCGGAGGAAUUUGCGGGGUUUGGUCCGCUUGUUCAAUAUAGAAUUACAAGAUGCUUUGAAGGUUUCCGAAAAAAAUUGGGCUGAGUAUCAAAAAAAUGCGUCGUUAGAAAUUUCGAAAUUUUUGUAAAUGGGAAGGAAAUGUUGCCAGAUUGUCUGUGAUAAAAUGUAGAAUUAUGUGGAUUGCUCAAUUUAAGUUAUUUGUUCGCUAUGGUCGUUAGCUUAGUUUACAAAAUCAUGACUAUUUAUUGCUUCGAGUUUAGCGACUGCACUAUUUUGUAAUUUUAAUUUAUUUAAUUACUUUGUAAAUAAAUACAAUAAAAAUCGACAAUAAUUUUCAUUAUCUAAGUCGAUUCUUUUAACAUUAAAAAGUGAAAUUUAAGUUUAUUGUUUUUUUACAUUUUAUUUUUACUUUACGGAAAAAUUUUAUUCUUUGUACUCAAACAUUAACCUUGUCCCUUGGAAUAAUAAUUAUUUUGAACUAUAUAAUUAUGUAUCUCUAAACCAUUUUUGUUUAAAAAAAUGUUUGCACUAUUUUA